UUUAUGCCUUUCACACACCGCUGGGGACAUGUCUAAUUCGUGCUUAUUUCCAGACUCGGAAAUCCUUUCUACUCCUGGAUCAUAAUCGUAUCAACUUAAUUUAAUCCAUUAUUGUUUCGAAAUUUCAGUAUACGUCUUAUUUAAAAACUAUAGCAAAAUAUGGCAAAUUUAGCUAAUGACGAGAAACAAAUGUUCGCCCUUGUCGGCUUACAAUCGUUUAAUGGUUCGUUCAAAUUAACUCAACCACUGUGUGAAUUAUUGGGAAUAAGUGCUCCUAGAAUUCAGGAAGAAUGUCACAAAAAGGGGUGGAACGAGGAAGCUUGGACAACAGCGGUCGUACUUGCAUACUUGGUUAAGAAAAUGCGUCAUCUUGAAGGUGAUUGGGAUCUCAUUGCAGAAAAAUCUAAAGCGUGGUUGGCCCAAUGUCAUGCUUCCACGACGGAAGAAAUGUUCAAAAAUGCGUUAUCAAUCUUUUAAGGAACUUUGUAUUUAUUUAAAUUUGUUUAUUUAGCAGAAAGCUUUUAUAUUAAAUACUUAAUAUGUAAAUACUUAAAAAAAAUUGUAAGGCAUGCUUUUUUGGUCAUCCACGUGCCGAUACUGGAAUCGCUUUUAAGAGCGACGGUUGCAAUGCUAUUUUAAGCUGGUG